UGGAGUCCGCGCUCAGGCGGGGUGGCGGCCAUGCGGUGCCGGCCCGGCCGCGUCUCCGAUCCCCGGCUGAAGCAGCGCAUCAAGCAGUAUCUUGCAAGUAGUAAAUGUGGGGAGUAUGUUGACAUUGGAAUUCUAGCAUCUGAUUUGCAGAAAACCUACAGUGUAGAUUAUGGACGAAGAAAAAGAAAUGCCUUUAGGAUACAAGUUGCAAAAGUGUUUGAAAUAAUCAGUAAUGAGAAAGAACGUGAAGAUUUGGCAGUUUUAGAAUCUGAACAUGUGGCAAAAAGAGCAAGACAACAAGAAAAAAAUGACACUACUGGAAGUGGCACAGAUGACUCUGACUAUGAUGAUUAUCCAGAAGAUCUAUCUGCAAAUCACAUGAACAGUUCCCUGCUGAGCUUAUACAAGAAGGGAAAUCCUGAUUCUGUUCCAUCCACUCCAAAAAAUGACCCAGUGGAGACCUCUCCUCGUGUGAGAACAGCACCUCACACGAGCAGCCUCGCACCAGAAUCCAGAGGUGAAAGACGAAUCUCUGAUGGUGGCUGGUACAUUGAUAAAACUCCUGAUGGGAAAGACUUCUUCAUUGACCUUUCUGAGGAUGGAGAAGGAGAGGAGAAGAAAGAGAUUUCUGAGAAACCAACAGAAUUUUCUGUCUUGGAAAGUGAAAGAAAGAAGACAAAGGGCAGGAGAGCAAAAAGGAAAAAAGGAGAAUUUCCAGAUGUAGAUAGAGAAAUUGAAUCCAUGUUACUUAAGAAAGUGAGAAAUAAGGGGUCAGAGCUUUACCACCCUUCAGUGAAGUUUGAGGAUGUAGGAGGCAAUGAUGAAACAUUAAAGGAAAUAUGCAAGAUGCUCCUUCACAUCCGUCAUCCUGAGGUCUACACCCACUUAGGAGUGGUUCCACCUCGGGGCUUUCUUUUGCAUGGGCCACCAGGAUGUGGGAAGACACUGCUGGCACAGGCAAUUGCUGGGGAGCUGGAGCUCCCAAUGCUGAAGGUGGCAGCAACAGAGAUUGUGUCUGGAGUGUCAGGGGAAUCUGAGCAGAAACUGAGAGAACUGUUCGAGCAGGCUGUGUCCAGUGCUCCCUGUGUCCUUUUCAUUGACGAGAUCGAUGCGAUCACCCCAAAGAGAGAAGUCGCAUCCAAGGACAUGGAGCGGAGGAUUGUAGCUCAGUUCCUCACUUGUAUGGAUGACCUGAAUAAUGUGGCUGCCACUACCCAGGUCCUUGUUAUUGGAGCGACAAACAGACCUGACUCCCUGGACCCUGCACUGAGGAGAGCUGGGAGAUUUGACAGAGAAAUUUGUUUAGGGAUCCCAGAUGAAGGGGCAAGAGAGAAAAUUCUUCAGACUUUGUGUCGCAAACUGAAGCUCCCGGAGUCGUUUGAGUUCCGUCAUUUGGCACGGCUGACUCCGGGCUAUGUGGGGGCUGAUCUGAUGGCCCUGUGCCGUGAGGCAGCCAUGGGCACAGUCAACAGGGUCCUGAUAACAUCUGGGGAGCACCACACACCUGGGGGGAGCACAGCUGAAGGAAGCCCAGGGGUAGGAGCAGACAUCCUGGAGGAAGAGGGCACCAACCAACCACAACUUCCACCUAAGUAUCUUGCAAGUAGUAAAUGUGGGGAGUAUGUUGACAUUGGAAUUCUAGCAUCUGAUUUGCAGAAAACCUACAGUGUAGAUUAUGGACGAAGAAAAAGAAAUGCCUUUAGGAUACAAGUUGCAAAAGUGUUUGAAAUAAUCAGUAAUGAGAAAGAACGUGAAGAUUUGGCAGUUUUAGAAUCUGAACAUGUGGCAAAAAGAGCAAGACAACAAGAAAAAAAUGACACUACUGGAAGUGGCACAGAUGACUCUGACUAUGAUGAUUAUCCAGAAGAUCUAUCUGCAAAUCACAUGAACAGUUCCCUGCUGAGCUUAUACAAGAAGGGAAAUCCUGAUUCUGUUCCAUCCACUCCAAAAAAUGACCCAGUGGAGACCUCUCCUCGUGUGAGAACAGCACCUCACACGAGCAGCCUCGCACCAGAAUCCAGAGGUGAAAGACGAAUCUCUGAUGGUGGCUGGUACAUUGAUAAAACUCCUGAUGGGAAAGACUUCUUCAUUGACCUUUCUGAGGAUGGAGAAGGAGAGGAGAAGAAAGAGAUUUCUGAGAAACCAACAGAAUUUUCUGUCUUGGAAAGUGAAAGAAAGAAGACAAAGGGCAGGAGAGCAAAAAGGAAAAAAGGAGAAUUUCCAGAUGUAGAUAGAGAAAUUGAAUCCAUGUUACUUAAGAAAGUGAGAAAUAAGGGGUCAGAGCUUUACCACCCUUCAGUGAAGUUUGAGGAUGUAGGAGGCAAUGAUGAAACAUUAAAGUCCAGUGCUCCCUGUGUCCUUUUCAUUGACGAGAUCGAUGCGAUCACCCCAAAGAGAGAAGUCGCAUCCAAGGACAUGGAGCGGAGGAUUGUAGCUCAGUUCCUCACUUGUAUGGAUGACCUGAAUAAUGUGGCUGCCACUACCCAGGUCCUUGUUAUUGGAGCGACAAACAGACCUGACUCCCUGGACCCUGCACUGAGGAGAGCUGGGAGAUUUGACAGAGAAAUUUGUUUAGGGAUCCCAGAUGAAGGGGCAAGAGAGAAAAUUCUUCAGACUUUGUGUCGCAAACUGAAGCUCCCGGAGUCGUUUGAGUUCCGUCAUUUGGCACGGCUGACUCCGGGCUAUGUGGGGGCUGAUCUGAUGGCCCUGUGCCGUGAGGCAGCCAUGGGCACAGUCAACAGGGUCCUGAUAACAUCUGGGGAGCACCACACACCUGGGGGGAGCACAGCUGAAGGAAGCCCAGGGGUAGGAGCAGACAUCCUGGAGGAAGAGGGCACCAACCAACCACAACUUCCACCUAAGGAUGAAUUGCAGAGACUUUUGGAUUUGCUGAAGGAGCAAGCCCCCUUGCCUGAGGAGCAGCUGCAGAAGCUGUGCAUUGAGAUGAAUGAUUUUAUUGUUGCACUGUCAUCAGUGCAGCCCUCUGCCAAGAGAGAAGGCUUUGUCACAAUCCCUGAUGUGACAUGGGCAGACAUCGGAGCCCUGGAAGAUGUUCGGGAGGAGCUGACUAUGGCAAUAUUGGCACCUGUGCGAAACCCGGAGCAGUUUAAAGCUCUGGGCCUGACUACUCCAGCUGGUGUCCUGCUUGCAGGGCCUCCAGGGUGUGGCAAAACACUGUUAGCUAAGGCCGUGGCAAACGAGUCUGGACUGAACUUCAUAUCUGUGAAAGGUCCUGAGCUGCUAAAUAUGUAUGUGGGUGAAAGUGAGCGUGCUGUCCGUCAGGUGUUCCAGCGUGCCAGGAAUUCUGCCCCCUGUGUUAUAUUCUUCGAUGAAGUUGAUGCUUUGUGCCCUCGGAGGUCUGACCGUGAAUCAGGAGCCAGUGUGCGGGUAGUGAACCAGCUCCUCACCGAGAUGGAUGGGCUGGAGAAUCGGCAGCAGGUUUUCAUUAUGGCUGCCACAAACAGGCCAGAUAUAAUUGACCCAGCUAUCCUGCGUCCUGGUAGGCUGGAUAAAACACUCUAUGUGGGUUUGCCACCACCUGAAGAUCGACUUGCUAUUUUAAAGACCAUCACCAAAGAUGGCACCCGGCCUCCCCUAGAUAGUGAUGUGAGCCUGGAGGAAAUUGCUUACAGUCAGCACUGUGAUUGCUACACAGGGGCAGACCUUUCAGCUCUCGUGCGUGAAGCUUCCAUUUGUGCCUUGAGACAGGAAAUGGCCCUGCAGAAUACUCAAAGCAAGAAGGGAGAAAUCAAGAUUUCUCAUAAACACUUUGAAGAAGCUUUCAGGAAAGUGAAGUCUUCAGUGUCCAAACAGGAUCAAAUAAUGUAUGAAGAACUGCAUCGGUCGCUGUGCAGGUGAUACAUUUGGACAAUUCCCAAAAGAGACUCACUCUGCACUGAUGAAGAUUUUUGUAGUUCUGUGCCUGUUUUCAAGAUGCAGGCUGGAAAGAAGCUGUACUAAAUCCAUCCCUCAACUUUUUAUACUGCACCUAUAAAAAAGGUAAUCAUAACCUACUGCUCUAAAGCACCCUUAAAUUAACUGUUUCCAGAAUAAAAGAUACAAUACAUGCUUCCUUUUUAUAACCA